AUGACAGAGCUACCUGUAACAGUAAAAAUUGUUGAUAACACGCUAAAAUACACUUCUGACAAAGGCAUCGAGAGUUCGAUUGACUUCAAGGAUAUUCUCUGUGUGUUGUCAGUAUCCGCCAGACAUAGCGUGCUGUUCUUCGACUCCAAACCAAGUGGCCAUGAGCCCGAACGUGUAUAUCUGGAGAAAAUCGAUGUCGCAUCUCUGCCCACGGGACUAUCUCCGUUUGUGACAAACAUUCCUAGCCAUCUUCAACAUGAAACUGGGGCUGUCACCCAAGUGGUGAUAUCCACUGGAUCAGGAACUGGAAGAGCCAUGACAAUUUAUCAGGAUGCUCUGCGUCCACUCUUUACAUAUCUCGGGAUUACCAAUGUUGAGGUGUACGAGACUGAGUCUACAGAAACCAUAAUCGACCUGGCACGGUCGAGAUUCGUGGAGCUUGCACAUAAUGGCAUCCCGCAAACCAUCAUUCUUCUUUCAGGCGAUGGGGGUCUUGUUGAUAUUCUGGAUGUUAUCUACAAAACCAAAAAGACAAUCAGUGUACCCCCAACCCUUGCGCUGAUUCCCUGUGGCACCGGGAAUGCCAUGGCUAGUUCCAUUGGAUUACGGUCUGGCCCGGUGCCAGGUCUUUCAACUCUACUUCAAGGCAGUGCAUCCCCUGUACCUGUCUUUAUCGCAAAUUUCUCCCCUGGCAGUCGACUUGUUGUGGAUGAAGGCCGUCAGCGAACUCCAAUAGAUACCGAUGCUGAAGCCGCUGGUCAUACCCUAUAUGGCGCCGUCGUUGCAAGUUGGGGGCUCCAUGCAGCAUUAGUUGCCGACAGUGAUACAGCCGAAUAUCGGAAGUAUGGGGUCGAUCGAUUCAAGAUGGCAGCUAAUGAGCUACUUUAUCCAUCGGAUGGUACCCCGUCUCAUCGCUUCAAGGGCAAGAUUACUAUGACCACGUCGGAUGGUACGAACGAAAUUCGACAAGCGGUGGAAGAGCUUGAGCACAUGUAUGCACUUACCACACUGGUUCCACGUCUUGAAAAAGAGUUUUUGAUCUCCCCAGACUCGGUCCCCCUCAGUGGGCAAAUGAAGUUUAUUCGUUUUGGACCUAUGUCACCAGAAGAUGCGAUGCAUUUGAUGACUCUAGCCUACCAAGGUGGCCAACACGUGCUGGAAUCGACAUUGACUUAUGCCGAUAUUGAAGAAGUUCGAAUCGAUUUCCAUGAAGAUGAAGAAAAGUGGCGACGCGUUUGUAUUGACGGAAAGAUUGUGGCUGUCGAAAGAGAUGGUUGGAUGGAACUCUGCAAAGAGCCCCGUCGUUUAUUGAAUUUGAUUCAUUAG